AUGAGGAGAGAGAUGGUGGACUUCUUGGAAAUGAUGAGAAACCAAGUAAUGAAAACAAGAAAAAAAAUAAUGAUAAGUGGGAGUUACAAGGAAGGAUUUAGGCUAAAGAAAUCAGAUUUUGAUGAAAUGUACUGGCAGAAUGAUCAUAUCGUUAUAUGGGACAUUUAUCAGUCUCAGAAUUACGACUUAAGUAGAAAAACACUUAUUCUCUGUGAUUGUUCUGAAAGCCCACCAGGAUUUGCAUUACUUGAAUUACUGACACCAACACACAGUAAAAGUGUAAAGAAUGCAUGUAUGAAAUUAAAUGACAAACUCUAUAUUUCCAGUUCAAAGUACAGACAGCUAACAUGUUCAGCAGUUUAUCCUAAUUCUAAGGAACAUGGUCCGUGUGGUAGUAGUGUUUUAAGGGGAGGAGAAUUUGAUACAGCCCAAUGUUUUGUCUGCGAAUUUUGGCCCCCUCCUGCCUCCAAAUGGAUAGACAGAUGUCACUUAUGGCCUUCGUCUGAUGUUGUUCAUGACAUAGUCAGAAAUGGAUGCCACUUUGUAGCAAUAGGACAUAAGUUAGGAAAACACACAGAAACGGAAUGGAGAAUUUCCUUUUCUUUGGCAGAACAAAAACUUGUAUACUCAAUGAAUCAUUGCCAAUUCUUAACCUAUGGGCUGCUUAAAUUGGUCUUAAAAGAGUCUAUUAAUGAUGGAUUAAGGAAUGAGGAAAAAUUACUGUGUUCCUAUCACAUGAAGACAGCAGUUUUCUGGGUGAUUCAACAAAACACAAUACCUCAAUGGUGUCCUCAAAAUCUUCUUCAUUGUUUCUGGAUCUGUUUUAAACUUAUCCUUAAAUGGGUGUAUGAGGGGGUAUGUCCAAACUUCUUCAUUCCAGAAAACAACAUGUUUCUGAGUAAUAUCCAUGGUAAAGCACAAAAGAAUUUAUUUAUUAGGCUUCAUGAAUUGUAUGAGAAGGGUUUAGUAUCGCUGCUUCAUAUCCCAUCUAUCAGUAUUACAAGGGUCCAAAAUCCAAGACAACCUGAAUAUAUGCUGGCCUCCAGAGUUUCGUUUGAGUUAGAUCUAUUGCUUGAGUUGCCUCACAAACAGCUGCCAUUAGAUGACCUAUACUCAUGCAUUAGGUUCUUCAGUGCUGUAGAGAAGUUGAUAAUUUUACCCAUGAAUCUGUAUCGGGUUCGCAUGUUACAAAGAUUUACAUCACAUGCACUCCAGAACAUUGCUUUUAUGUUACACAAUUUUUUUACCUCUGUUGCACGAAUCAAGGCAUAUAUAUGUGCUACAUGUAGCUCAGUUGUAAACAAACAGGUGUAUAUGGCUAACAAAGCAUCCAGUUAUAUGCUGAAAUUAGCAGCCAAGUUUGGAUGUAUUUCUGAUAUGUUGUUUAUUGCAAUGUUUUACUACAAGACACUUAGAUACAAAGAAGCUAUAUCAUUUAUAGAGAUGACAAAGGUUAAAUUGGCACAACCACAUGUAAUGUAUUUCAACAAUUCAUCUCCUAGUAAAGAUGCAGUUAUGUACAUAUUUCGUGAGUCCUUUGGGGGAAAGUCCUGUUCUACAAAAAUGAGACAUGCUGUGGCAUGGGAUAUUUUUCUUAAUAAAAAAAUCUGUUACAUCAAUGAAUUAGUGCAAGAACAACAGUCUGUGUUACAGUCUGGAUUCCCUUUGUUAUAUAUCCCACUCUAUGUUUUGAUACACAUGUUAGAGGUUUUGUGUUACAGACAUGUAGACCCAGUGAGAGCACAAUCAGCUCUUAAUGACCUACAGGACCUGGUCCACAAUGAUCAGGGGGUCUAUAUACAGAUACACGAAAGAGACAUAUCGUGGCAGAUUCUAGGGAUCUGUCAACAGGUGACAGGGAACCUCUAA